AUGGUGUACAGUUCAUAUAUAGCUAUAGCUAGGUAGAAGAAGAGAGUACAUAUUUUCUUGAGGUUUCAUUUCAAGAUGGAGAGAGAGAGAAAGUGAGGGAAACUAGAGAGAAAAUCGGGAAGUGAUAAGAUUCUGAAGAAUGCUUGGAUUUCAGUGCUUUGAAAACAUCCACUGUGAUGGGAUUUUCUUCUCGGACAAGAAAAUCUCUCCCUCAUAAAAAGAUUUUCUUUGAGCGAAAAACAUGGACGUUGGACUUUCCUUUGGUUUACCUUCAUGAUUAACGCAUAGGUAGCCGCUUUCAACUCCACAUCCUUUGAGAUUUCCUCACCUUGUAUCUCGCUUUUUUGAAUUGAUUUUUUGUUACUUGUUUUAGAUUUGUGGAUCUUAAAAUAUGCGGAUUUUUGUUAAUCUCUCUCUCUGAAAUUUUAUUCCUCAAUUGGUAUUUGCUUCUUUUUUGCUAUUUAAAUUUAUCACAUUCAUGAGCUUUUAAUGGUAGUCACAGGAAAACACAUACAAGAAAACAAAACAAAACCAGCUUCUUACAGAAAAAUGUGCAGCAAUAUCAGCCUUACUAGCAGUGGUGGUGGUGUUGGUGGUGGUGGUUGUGGUGGUGGCUAUAAUGGUGGUUAUGGUUGUGAGAGUAUAUAUUCAAAGAAACCCAAGAGACAAAGAGUCCCAAAAAGAGGACCAGGUGUUGCAGAACUAGAGAAGAUCUUGAGAGAACAAGAGAAGAAACCUGAUUUAGACAAAGCCAAGAAUGAAGGUUUCUCUUUAGUUUCAUCACCUCCAUGUUCUUAUCAGCCACAAUCUCCUCUUCUUCCUUCUCCACAUUCAUUACCUAAACCUGUCGCCUCCCUUGCUCCAAUUCCCAACCAUUUUACUCCGACGACAACAGCUUUUUACACUAACAAUUCCGACAGUAACCCACCAUUAGGAGGUGGCAGAAGUGGUGUCCAAUUAGUUGGAUCAGGUCUUAUCUUGCCUGAACAUGCAUUAUUACCGACAAUGUGGAGUUCUUGUGAGCCUAAUGCAGAGGUUUCCGGAGAUUCAGGAUCAGCUUCUGGGCUUUCAUUUUCUACCCAUUUAUCAAACAGAUCUAAUAAUCACUUGUUUCCUUCUACUUUCAUGCAAAGAAGCCAACACUCACCACCUUUAAUGAAAGAUCUUUUUCCACACCCAGUUGUUUCAUCUUCAACAAUCUCUUCUCCUGCUGGACCUUGUCAUGGUAGAGAGCCCCCUUCAAACCAAACAUGUCAUCACUAUACUAGUUUGUGGCCAGAGGAAGAUAAGGCAAGAGGAAAUCAAAAUUUUUAA